GAGCGGGUGCUUGGCUUGAUGCUAUACCCUCCUCAUCUGAGUUUGCAAUUGAAUCCUGUGAUUAUCGCUUGGCAUCCUUGGUGAGGUUAGGAUAUACCAUGCCUUUCAGUUCUUGGUCCAAUUCAUGUGAUUGUGGAAAGUCUCUUGAAUCAGAUACGGAUGGAUACCACUUUCUAACUUGUAAAACUGGUGGUGGCCCUGUUUACACACACAACUCUAUAGUGAGAAUAUGGAGUGCUUGCCUUGGAAGCUUAAACUUGCACCAUGUAAAUGAAGUACAACAUUGUUACUGCAAUUCAGACAACAGGCCAGACAUUACUGUAUUAGACUAUCAAUCUGGAAAAAGCACUGAUUUAGAUGUGUCAAUGGCACAUCUUUGGAGUAUUGACUUUCUAUCCAAGACUUCUCUGUUUGAUGGAGCUGCUGCUCUUUGUAGAGAAGAAAUCAAAGCCAAAAAGUACUUAGGAGAAAUUCUACCGCAAGGUUCCUCACCAUCUGCUGUGCCGCUAGUGUUCGAACACUUUGGUCGAUGGGGUGAGAAAGCGCUAAAAUAUCUAGACGAUCUCUCACAUCUCUCAAGAGAUGAAAGUGGCCGAAAGAAUCCUGCCAACUUAAAUUAUUUUGGAGACGUCGUCUUUCUGUUGAGCUGCAAAGAUGUAUGUAAUGCUUCAGUAAUGUCAAGAAAAGCCUAUAACAUCCUAGGUGGUCAAAAGCGCAGUUCAGAACUGGACACCUUUCAGCAUUUUGUUCAGUAGUUAAUAAAUAGUCAUUGUAAGACCCUGUCAGGGUCAACUGUAGUGUAUCUUGUAUCAGACUUUUACUUAAGAGUUGCGUAGUUUGAUUUAGCUUGUAAUAGUUCUGAUUUAGCCUGCAAUAGUUCCGAUUUAUGAAAAUGUAUUUCUUUGACAGACAGACAGACAGAAAUAUCCAGUUUGACAACUGAAAUAAAAUUACAGCGAAAGCUAACAGACAGUCUGCUCAGGUCUGAAGUCAG